AUGGUCAUCACGGCUAGAGUGGAAACCGGCCUCGUCAAACGCAUCCUUGUCGACACAGGGACUGAUUCAAACAUCAUGUUCCGCAACGUAUUCGACGCACUGGGGCUGAGGGACGCCGAUUUGACGACCCACCAACACGGGGUCAUCGGGUUGGGCGACAACUUCAUUAAACCUGACGGAGUAAUAUCCCUACCGAUCUCGGUAGGACAAACCCAAGGCCGAAGGUCGACGAUGGCCGAGUUCGUGAUCCUCCGAGAUUCCACCGCCUAUAACAUCAUCUUGGGAAGGAAGACGAUAAACGAUGUUGAAGCGAUAAUCAACACGAAGCUGUUGGUCAUGAAGUUCGUUACUGAUGACGGAUCUAUAGGGUCCAUAAGAGGGGAUAUCGAGACGGCGGUCGCCUACGACAACGCCAGCCUCUCCCUGAGAAAGAAAUCAAAGGAGGCGUCCGGUAUGUUCCUGGCUGACCUGGACGCCAGGGUGGACGACAAACCUAGACCAGAACCAGAAGGGGACCUGGAAAAAUUCAUAAUCGGCGACACGGAGGAGAAAUUCACGUUCAUCAACAAGAACCUCCCACAAGAGUUAAAUGAGCCCUUGAUCGAAAUGAUAAGGGCCAAUAGGGAUUUGUUUGCCUGGACACCUGCCGACAUGCCGGGUAUAGACCCGAAAAUCAUGUCACACCAUCUGGCCGUCAGGUCGGAAGCACGCCCGGUAACACAACGCAGAAGAAAGAUGUCGACAGAAAGGGCGGAGGAAGUGUCCAGGCAGACGGCCAGCGUCCUAGAAGCAGGUUUCAUACGAGAAGUAGACUACUCGACGUGGCUCUCAAACGUUGUUCUAGUGAAAAAGCACAACGGCAAAUGGAGAAUGUGUGUAGACUACUCUGACCUUAACAAGGCAUGCCCAAAAGAUUGUUUCCCACUCCCCAACAUAGACGCGCUCGUCGACGCUACGGCGGGCUACCGUUAUCUGAGCUUUAUGGACGCCUACUCCGGUUAUAACCAGAUACCGAUGCACCGUCCAGAUGAAGACAAAACGGCGUUCAUAACACCAGGGGGAACCUUCUGCUACAAGGUGAUGCCGUUCGGCCUAAAAAACGCAGGAGCGACAUACCAAAGGCUGAUGAGCAAGAUAUUCCAAGAUCUUAUAGGCAAAACGGUGGAAGUCUACGUCGACGAUGUCCUCGCAAAAAUAACGCGACCAGACGACCUCUUAAAGGAUCUGGAAAACAGAGGGGUAGAAGCCAACCCGGAGAAGUGCCAGGCGGUACUCCAAAUGAAGAGCCCAGGUUGUAUCAAGGACGUCCAAAGAUUGGCGGGGCGGUUGACCUCGUUAUCCCGGUUUCUCGGAGCCUCGGCAGCAAAAGCCCUACCAUUCUUUAACCUCAUGAAGAAAGGGAUGGCGUUCAAGUGGACACCCGCAUGUGAGGAAGCCUUCCAGCACUUCAAGGAAAUCCUGGCGGCACCACCUGUACUCGGGAAGCCAAAGAACGGGGAGCCGCUAUACCUGUACCUCGCCAUAACAGGAGAAGCCCUGGCCGCGGUACUGGUGCGGGAAGAAGGGAGGGCUCAACAGCCGGUCUAUUUCAUAAGCAGAGCCCUGCAAGGGGCAGAAUUAAGAUACAGCAAACUAGAAAAGCUAGCUCUGGCGCUCUUGACCUCCUCACGAAGGUUAAAGCAAUACUUCCAAAGUCACCAGGUUGUCGUAAGAACGGACCAAGGGAUUCGGCAAGUACUUCAAAAACCCGACUUAGCGGGGAGAAUGAUGACUUGGUCCAUCGAACUCUCCCAAUACGACAUACGGUAUGAACCCCGGCAAGCCAUCAAGGCGCAGGCGAUGGCAGAUUUUCUGGUAGAAGUAACUGGGGACCCAACCGAAGAAGCGGGCACACGGUGGAAGCUCCAUGUGGACGGAGCUUCCAACCAGACGUCUGGAGGUGCCGGGAUCAUCCUGGAAAGCCCGGUUGGAGUCGUAUACGAGCAGUCGAUCAGGUUCGAGUUCCCCGUUUCGAACAAUCAGGCGGAAUACGAAGCCCUUAUAGGGGGCUUGACCCUAGCAGCAGAAGUCGGGGCAACAAGGCUGGAAAUAUGCAGCGAUUCUCAGGUCGUCACCUCCCAGGUAAAUGGGAGCUACCAAGCCAAAGACUCGUUAUUACAAAAGUACUUGGAAAAAGUCAAAAGCUUAAGCCAAAAAUUUGAGGAGGUCACGGUCCACCACGUGCCUAGAGAAAGGAACACACGGGCAGAACUCCUAUCAAAGUUGGCCAGCACUAAACCGGGAGAAGGCAACCGGUCUCUCAUCCAAGAUUAUCCGCUCAUCAACCCCAUCACUAGCUUCUUGGAAAAUGGCAAACUCCCUGACGACAAAAAGGACGCGGCGAAACAGAGAAGGGAAGCAGCCAAAUACGCCGUCAUCCAAGGGCAACUAUUCAAGAAAGGGCUCAACCAGCCCCUGUUGAAGUGCUUACACCCCGACCAAACGGACUACGUCCUCAGGGAAGUCCAUGAAGCCUGCUGCGGACACCACAUAGGAGGCAAGGCCCUAGCAAGAAAAUUAAUUCGAGACGGAUACUAUUGGCCGUCAAUGAUGGCAGACUCCAAAGAGUUCGUCAAAAAAUGCGUGAAGUGCCAAGAGAACGCCAAUUUCCACAGGGCACCGGCCUCCGAGUUAAGCUUGUUAACGUCCUCCCGGCCAUUCUCUCAAUGGGGAGUCGACCUCUUGGGACCCUUCCCUGUCGGUCCUGGGCAGGUCAAGUACCUCAUAGUUGCCAUUGAUUACUACACCAAAUGGAUAGAAGCUGAACCACUAGCUAGCAUAUCCUCAUCCAAUUGCAGGAAGUUCUUGUGGAGGCAGGUGGAGUCCGCGAACAAGAUCAUCUUUUUAGGGCUGAAGAAGCGAUUGGAUAAUAAAAAGGGUGCUUGGGCCGACGAACUAGCCUCGGUACUCUGGUCUUACCGAACAACCGAUCAAUCCUCCACUAAGGAGACUCCUUUCCGACUAACAUACGGGUUAGAUGCGGUAAUACCCGUAGAGAUCGGGGAACCAAGCCCCCGGCUACUUUUGAAAGGAGUGGAGGAAGCCGUGGAAAAGGACUUGAUAGACGAAGUCAGAGAAAUGGCCCAUUUGACAGAGACAGCGCUAAAGCAAAGAAUGGCCCUACGCUACAACACCAAAGUGCUCAAAAGGGAAUUCGAGCCAAACGACCUCGUCCUGAGGCGAAACGACAUCGGCCCACCAACCCCUGGAGCAGGCAAGCUGGCGGCAAACUGGGAAGGCCCCUAUAGAAUCAAAGAAGCAAUGGGUAAAGGCGCCUUCAAGUUAGAAAGGCUAAAUGAUAACACGCUCUAUCACAACCCGACGACGAUGCGCGGCCCCGGGACUGAUCACCCCGGGAGCCCGUCAAAUACCGUCAUAACAAAUGACCACGCAAAAAGGCCACGGCUCGUUAAUAUAAACAGCAACUAUAAACCAAUAACGGUUAAUAGAAAUGAUAGCACGGCCAGACGAAUAAGAAAGAGUUAA